CUCGGCGACGCCGGCGCUCGUGGUCCCGUGACCGGUCGCGCCCAGCCCGGAGACGUCGCCGUCAUGCAGUCCCCACCGGUUCUCGUCACCUCCAGGCAAGUUCAGAAUGUCCACACGGGCCUCGACCUGACCGUGCCCCAGCACCAGGAAGUGCGGGGCAAGAUGAUGUCAGGCCACGUGGAGUACCAGAUCCUGGUGGUAACCCGGCUGGCUGCGUUCAAGUCGGCCAAGCACAGGCCUGAGGAUGUCGUCCAGUUCUUGGUGAGCUGGGGAAUCUGCCAGGAUGCGCCUGAGGUUGCCCGGGAUCCAGGGGUCCAGGUCUCCAAAAAGUACAGCGAGAUUGAGGAGUUUUACCAGAAACUGAGCAGUCAUUAUCCACUGGCCAGCCUUCCCCCACUCCCCAGAAAGGUCCUGUUCGUUGGAGAGUCUGACAUCCGGGAAAGGAGAGCCAUGUUCAACGAGAUUCUGCACUGCGUCUCCAAGGACGCUGAAUUGGCCGGCAGCCCAGAGCUGCUAGAAUUCUUAGGCACCAGAUCCCCGGGGACUGCAGAUCUCACCAGCAGAGACCUCUCUGUCCUGGACACAGACAGCCAGGCAGGGGACGAUGGGGAGGCUUUCGACUUCUUCCAGCCGCAGGAACGAGUAGAGGGGCCGCUCAUCCCCAGCCAGAAAAGCGAGGACGCUGGGCAGUCCUCGGAAGAGGAAGAGGCACUGGACCCGCUGGGCAUCAUGCGCUCCAAGAAGCCCAAGAAACGGCCUGAAGUGGCCGUGAAGCCCAGACCCUUGCCGCGGCUCACCAUCUUUGAUGAGGAAGUAGACCCCGACGAGGAGCUCUUUGGCCCGGGCAGGAAGCCCCGGGGCCCCGCAGAGGACGUGCCCCACAGGGACCCCCUGAAGUUGUUUGAUGAUCCUGACCUCGGUGGGGCCGUCCCCCUGGGUGACCCCUUAUUGCUGCCAGCUGCCUGUGAGAGUGGAGGGCCCACGCCCCGCCCGGGCCACAGGGAGGCCUCUGAGGAGCUGUUCAGAGUCGAAGAGGACUUGGACCAGAUUCUGAACCUGAGGACUGAGACCAAACCCCAGCCCCAGCCUAAGCCCAAGCCGCCAGUGGCAGCUAAGCCAGCGCUACCCAGAAAGCCAGCUGUUCUCCCCAGAGCGGGCCCAUCAGAGGCUGUGGCCGGGCAGCAGCAGCAGCAGCAGCAGCAGAUCCAAGCCAUGGAUGAGAUGGACAUCUUGCAGUACAUCCGGGACCAUGACAUGCCUGGCCAGGCCGCCCCCAGCCUCUUCUGACCCUCCCACCCCUGUGCCGGCCCUGGGCCAGUAGCCCAUCUCCUGUGGAGGGGCAUGUAGUGAGUGGGGCCUGUGCCCUGCAGGCCAGGACCUCUAGCCCCAAGGGAAGGAGGGUAGAAGCCCAGGUCACAGCACCCCUGUACUACCUUGUUCCUUUCUCUCCAGCCUGGGGGGUCGUGGAACCCUGUAGGGUGCAGAGAGGUCACCGUAGGAAUUGGAGCUCACUUGUCUCAGCCACGUGCAUGUGGAGGGGAGAGCAUGUGGGGUACCUUGCUAACCAGGAGCCCAGCCCCCAGGAUAGAAUGAGACUGGGGAUGCCCAAGGAGGCUCCUUGGGGCAGGGAAACUGUGCCCACCAGCUCUGCCAGCCCAGCACAGGAGAGAAGGUCUGCCAGCCCAAGGUGGGGGUGGCUGGACCAGUCUCUGUGCAGCAUGGCUCCUGGGGCCUGUUGGCUCUGGGAGGGUCCCCAAGGACAGGGAUGUUGAAUGAGUACCUGGGAGGGCCUGGCUGGGUUGGGCGACCCUGAGCUGCCUUUGGUUAGCAGGUGCUUUCCCGUCUGUCCAGUUUAGAGACCUCAGGCCCAGCCCUGCAUCUCUGCAGUAUGGCUGGCCUGACAAGCCCAGGUCUUCCUUCCUCUCUUCCUUUCCCAGGGAAGGCCUAGCCAGACCGUGGCCCCCUUGGGCCUCUGGCCAUAUGGCCAGUGUCCACCAUUGCAGCUCCGAGCAGAGUGCUCACAGCAUCCUGCAGAGCUCUGCCUGGGCCUGCAGCCUCGCGUGUCCCUUCUAUUCAGAGUGGGCCUACGCAGAGUGCUCUCUUGCUGCUGCUUCGAAGACCUAGUCUGUCCAGUGGUGCAUGCUGCCAGGCGUGCCCUGUUCUCUGGGUCUGGACUUGCUUUCCAGCCUUUCACAGCAGGCGCGAAGGAGCCCUGGGCAGGGCAGGGCCAGUGCCUUACACUUCCCCUGGACCCCGCAUGCCUAGCACACAGUCUGGGUCUGGCACGGUGCUCAGGAAAUUCUCAGUAAAUAAUUUUAAUGGAGCAAAGAAUGUCUUUUUUUAAUAUAUGUAUUCUUCAUGUUCAGACCUAGUUUUUAAUGAAACAACCACUCUUGUUCCUUGGCUUGUCCUGCCUGACAGAGGCAUUGGAAAGGGGGUCUGGGACUCGGACCCCAGACCCUUUUCUGAAUGGGGCCAACAGCCAACCCUGGGGGAGGCUUCCCUGACCUGGGCUGGGUGCUUGCUGCCAGGACCUGGGCUUGUCAAGACCUGUGCCUAGACCUGCAGGGUGGGUGGGAGCACCCCGUCUGAUCUGUCCUGCGUCUCACCCACCCUCGUCAGCUGCUCAGUCCUGAAAAAGCUGCCCCGCCCCCCUUCACCUAUACCAGAGUAAGAAGAAAUAGGCAGUUCUGGGAGCUGAGAGCUGAGUUCCUCCUCUGCCUUACCAGGCUUCGAGGGCCCCAUCUGUCUGGGCCCUGAGCUGCCCCUGGGACAGCCUCAGCCCCAGUGACCAGCACCUGCCACUUCCCGUUCACUGUCAGGCCUUCAUGCCCCGCCCCCCCCAGCUCUGUCCCUGUCCCUUGCUGACUGCAGGAAGGAGCAAGUGGUGAGGUGACGGGCCAGCUCUGCCCGGGCUCUCCCACGCGGUGGUGUCCUCUGUGCCCCAUGCCAGCUCCCUGCCCCUUCCUUGAUGCCUGCCUCCCAACCACCACCUCUCACCCAUGUGUGACGUGGGAGCAGAGGGUGCAGCCAGCAGGUGCCCGGUGCCCAUGCGGAGAUGGCCCCACUGGCAGGGAUCACAGGACGGAACCUGCCACUCUGGUGUGGGUUCAUCCACUGUGGCUCGGUCUCCUUGGUGGCCUGAUGCUCUCCGGGCACCUCAGCGAGGAUGUGCGCUUCCCAGAUAAUGAUCCUUGAACUGGGGCUGUUUUCCAGUGCAGGUCUGUGACCUACUGGCAAAUUGAUGACACCCAGUCAUGCAAUAAAGCUCAUGUCAGUGACUCA